GCAAAGUAGGCUAAUGUUAAAUAUCUGACAUUAACAUUAAGAUAAUUUAUAUGAAAACCUCGAACAAAGAGUAGGCAACAGCAAUAGUCCCCUAAAAGGAUCUCAGCAGUGAGCACUACAAUGGCGCUGAGAGCAAGCAUGCAAAUGCAAGAAUGGGGAACAAGCAGACAAUAUUUACAGCACAGCAGUUAGAUGCCUACCAGGACUGCACAUUUUUCACCAGGAAAGAAAUCAUAAGACUAUUCCACCGAUACCGAGACUUGGCACCACAGCUAAUCCCCCUUGACUACACCAAUAAGCCAGAUGUUAAGGUACCAUACGAGCUGAUUGGCAGCAUGCCGGAGCUGAAGGAAAACCCUUUCCGUCAGAGGAUAGCUGAGGUUUUCUCAGAAGAUGGAGAGGGCAACAUGACACUGGAUGACUUCCUGGACAUGUUUUCUGUUCUGAGUGAAAUGGCACCCAGAGAUCUGAAAGCCUAUUAUGCUUUUAAGAUUUAUGACUUUAACAAUGAUGACUACAUCUGCAAGUCGGACCUGGAGAAGACACUGAACAAACUGACCCGCAAUGAAUUGUCAGAAGAUGAAUCGCGGCUGGUGUGUGAGAAGGUGAUAGACGAGGCUGACCUGGACAACGACGGCAGGCUCUCCCUGGAGGACUUCCAGCACAUGAUUGUCCGCGCCCCGGAUUUCCUCAGCACCUUCCACAUAAGGAUAUAAGGAGCCUUUUGCCUCACAGAACAGCAGCACAACUCACUUAAUGGAUUAUACAGAGGGAAGAUGAAGUUGGAUAAAUUCAGCCAGAAUGCCACUGGCAUGAGCCAAGAGUUGUUUAACAAAUGUGGCUGAAACCAAGAGCGCUUCACAAAGACAGACACAAUAAAACUCUUAUUUGGAGUUUGGUGCAUAGAACAGAGAGACCUGGUAGAUCUCCAGACUCAGAACUCAUAAAUUCCUUUAGCGAUAUGUUAAUUUUGAAGGAAGCUGGAAUGAAUAUGCUCACAUAUGCACCUCAGCUUUUUGAACGGCAUCGUGAAAAGCCAAAAACUCAAUCCCCCCCCUCCUCCAGGCCGCCUCCACUUUAUGCAUGGCAACAGUUUCACAUUUCAAGGCUUGCACUUUCUGCAAGUUAUCAUCCACCGUAAGGAUUUGUGAUUAUCAGAGUUUCAUAAUAGGUGUAAUUGUUUUGGUUUUCCAGUUGUCUACUCUGUACAGUGCACACUAUAAACCGGAUCAAAUAUAGAAUUCUGACUAUA